AUGUCUCCCAUCGUCGCCCGCGCCGCCAUCCGUGCCUCCACCCAGGCCCAGGCAACCAGGCAAUUCUCCGUGAUGCGCACAAUGCGCAACAUGGCACGGUCCUUUGAGCCUCACCCCUUCCAGCGCCUGCCCAUCAACAGCUCAACACAGGGUGCCAGCUGGGGAAAGCAGGUCAAGCGGGUCGGAUCCCAGGCUGUCAUUUACACCACUGGCUUCGGUAUCAUCCUGGGCUGGCCAUACGCCGCCGCUCAGGUUCUGGACGGCCGUAUCGGCGCCCUUUAG